CGCUCGCACCCUUAGUCUGCUGGCAACCUCAGGCGGGAGAAGACGUGCGCUCGACACUCUGCCUUCCUCGCCGCCACGCCGUCUUUUUUUUAUAUUUAAACUUACUAUGGAUUGUUUGCGUUCAUGAGCGUAGCAGAAGCGGAAGCCCUAGUGUAAAAGGAUAAAGGAAACAACAGGCUGCUGGAAAAAAACAAACCAUUAAUUUCUGUUCGAAUAAGGUGCAAAAGUGAAGCAGAAAAUUUCGUUUUGUUUGGGUUUGUAAAAUAGUUUUCUGGAAAAAUUGCAAUACAAAGAAAGGCGAGCGUGUAAGCCGAUGAGCCCAGAACGAAAGGGAAAGCCGUUUUAGCCGAGAGAGACCGCGCCCGAGGCAGAGGAACCCCGAGAGAGACUCACGACUCGAAAGCCGAGGACGACUCCCUUGACUCACGACUGAAAAUGGCGGAGAUCGACGCGAACGACCCCGAGCUCAAGUACUUGGUGGUCUCGAGGGACACCUUCGAAGACCCGGCGUCCCAGGCGGAAUGGACGCAGAAGCGCCUCGUGUGGAUCCCCCACAGCGACCAUGGCUUCGUCGCCGCCGGCAUCAAGGGCGAGGUCGGGGACGAGGUCGAGGUCGAGAUCUCCGACACCGGCAAGCGCAUUCGGGUGGCCAAGGAUGACAUCCAGAAGAUGAACCCGCCCAAGUUCAACAAAGUCGAGGACAUGGCCGAACUCACGUGUCUGAACGAGGCGUCCGUCCUGCACAACCUCAAGGAGCGCUACUACUCCGGACUCAUUUACACCUACUCCGGCCUCUUCUGCGUGGUGGUGAACCCCUACCGCCGCCUGCCCAUCUACACGGAGAAGGUCAUCGAGAUGUACAAGGGCAAGAAGCGCCACGAGAUGCCCCCCCACGUCUUCGCCAUCACAGACUGCGCCUACAGGUCCAUGUUGCAAGACCGCGAGGACCAGAGCAUCUUGUGCACCGGUGAAUCUGGCGCCGGAAAGACCGAGAACACCAAGAAAGUGAUCCAGUACCUUGCCUACGUGGCCGCCUCCAAGGCCAAGGCGGGAGCGUCC